AUGGCGGCUGCACUGACAGCCGGGCCCUCCAGACGGCCUGUCUCUUCCCUGCGCAGUGACCGUGUCCUGGCCUGGAGCCCUCUCUGGGCAGCUCUGGACCUGCAGCCCUGCAUCUCUCCCAGAUUGUGCAAGUACCACGGGUGGAAGGGACUGUUGACAUUUAGGGAUGUGGCCAUAGAAUUCUCUCUGGAGGAGUGGCAAUGUCUGGACACUGCACAGCAGAAUUUAUAUAGGGAUGUGAUGUUACAGAACUACAGAAACCUGGUCUUCCUGGGUAUUGCUUUCUCUAAGCCAGACCUGAUCACCUGUGUGGAGCAAGGAAAAGAGCCCUGGAAUAUGAAGCAACAUCAGAUGGUGGAUGAACCCCCAGGUAUAUGUUCUCAUGUUGCUCAAGACCUUUGGCCAGAACAGGGCAUGGAAGAUUCUUUUCAAAAAGUAAUACUGAGAAGAUAUGAAAAAUGUGGACAUCAGAAUUUACAGUUAAGAAAAGGUCAAAGUGUGGAUGAGUUUAAGGUGCACAAAGAAGGUUCUUAUAAUGGACUUAACCUGUGUUACACAACUACCCAGAGCAAAGUAUUUCAAUGUGGUAAAUGUUUGAAAGUCUUUUAUAAAUUUGUAAAUUCAAACAGACAUAAGACACACUGGAAGGAAACCUUUCAAAGGUAAAAAUGUGUCAAAUCAUUUUGCAUGCUUUCACACAAAACCCAGCAUAAAAGCAUUUAUACUACAGGGAAGUCCUACAAAUGUAAAGAAAGUGGAAAAACCUUUAAUUGGUCUUCAAUCUUUACUAAUCAUAAGAAAAUUUGUACUGAAGAAAAACCCUACAAAUGUGAAGAAUAUAGAAAAGCUUUUAAUUGAUCCUCAAAUCUUACUACACAUAAGAUAAUUCAUAUUGGAGAGAAAUCUUAUAAGUGUGAAGAAUGUGGCAAAACAUUUAACAAAUCCUCAACCCUAACCAUACAUAAGAGGACGCACACUGAAGAGAAACUCUACAAAUGUAAAGAAUGUUGCAAAGCAUAUGUGUGGUCCUCAAACCUAACUAAACAUAAGGGGAUGCACACUGGAGAGAAACCCUACAAAUGUGAAGAAUGUGGCAAAGCUUUUAGCCAAUUCUCAACCCUUACUACACAUAAGAUAAUUCAUACUGGAGAGAAACACUGCAAAUGUGAAGAAUGUGGCAAAGCAUAUGUAUGGUCCUCAACCCUAACUAAACAUAAGAGAAUGCACACUGCAGAGAAACCCUACAAAUGUGAAGUAUGUGGCAAAGCUUUUCAUCGAUUCUCAAAUCUUAGUGCACAUAAGAUAAUUCAUACUGGAGAGAAACCUUACAAGUGUGAAGAAUGUGGCAAAGCAUUUAUAUGGUCCUCAAACCUUACUGAACAUAAGAAAAUUCAUACCAGAGAGAAACCCUACAAAUGUGAAAAAUGUAGCAAAGCAUUUAGCCAAUCCUCAACCCUGACUAUACAUAAGAGGAUGCACGCUGGAGAGAAACUCUACAAAUAUGAAGAGUAUGGCAAAGCUUUUAGACAAUGCUCAACACUUACUGCACAUAAGAUGAAUCAUACUGGAGAGAAACCCUACAAAUGUGAAGAAUGUGGCAAAGCCUUUAACUCGUCCUCAACUCUUACUAAACAUAAGAUAAUCCAUACUGAAGAGAAACCCUACAAAUGUGAAAAAUGUGGCAAAACCUUUAACCAGUCUUCAAUCCUUUCUAACCAUAAGAUAAUUCAUACUGGAGAGAAACCUUACAAGUGUGAAGAAUGUGGCAAAGCUUUUAAUCGUUACUCAAAUCUUACUAAACAUAUGAUAGUUCAUACUGGAGAGAAACCCUACCAAUGUGAAGAAUGUGGCAAAGCCUUUAAAUGGUCCUCAAAUCUAACUAAACAUAAGAUAAUUCAUACUGAAGAGAAACCCUACAAAUGUGAAGAAUGUGGCAAAACCUUUAACCAGUCUUCAGUUCUUACUAACCAUAAGAGAAUUCAUACUGGAGAGAAACCCUGAUAAUAUGAAUAAUGUGGCAAAUCUUUUAACUUAUCUUCAACUUUUAAUAAACAUUGAGGUAGUUUAUACUGGAGUAAAACCCUACAAAUGUGAAGAAUGUGGGAAAGCCUUUUUCUCAUCCUCAUCCCUAACAACACAUAAGAAAAUUCAUACUGGACAGCAACCCUACAAAUGGAAAAAAUUUGGCAAAGCCUUUAACCAGUCCUCACAUAUUACUACAGAUAAGUCAUAUUGGAGAAAAAUCUUACAAGUGUGAAUAAUAUGGAAAGCCUAUAAAAAGUCCUCAAUUCUUAACAGACAUAAGAUUAUUCAUAUUGGAGAGAAACUCUACAAACCUGAAAGAUAUGACAAUGCUUUUGACAACACCUCAAAUUUUUCUAAACAUAAAAACAUGUUGCCAACAAAUUCUAGAAAUGUGAAGAAUGUGACAAAGCCUUUAAAUGAUUGUCACACUUGAUUAUAGAUAAGCUAAUUCAUACUGAGAAAAUUGACAGUGUGAACAAUGUGGCCAAGCUUCUAACCAAUGCUCACAUCUUAUUGAACUGUAAAGCAUUUAUACUCGAGAACCAAUGUACAAAUAUUGACAAAAAAGCCAUUAAUGCCUGCUCAAAUCUUACUCAAAAUCAGAGUUCAUACUAAAUAAAAGCAUUAAAAGUUUAAUUACUAUCAAAAGACCUAUCAGAAAAUAUGUCUAUAAAGUGCAGAAGAGUAUUUAUUUUGAAAAAGCAUUACCAAUAUGAAGAGGGUUGUAAUACCUUUGCUUGUAUCACAGAUCGUAUUGUACACAUUUUGUGCUAGAGGAAAAUCUUGAGGCAGUUGUUAAAAUUUUGUUCAACAUCAAGGAGUUUAUACUGAAGAAAACCCUGCCAAUGUAAUAAAUUUGGAAAAACAUUUUUUUCAAAAACUGCAAAUUAUAAAACACCGGAGUUUAUACUAAAAUAUAUCUUUGCAGAUGCAUUAAAUGUGAAAGAUGUU